CUCUCCCCGCCCAGCCGCAAAGCGCGACGCGCUGUCGCGACGGGGGUUGCGCUUGACGGCAGGAGCGUCGCGAAAGGCCCGUGAAGGACGGCGGCGGGUCCGUGAGGGGGGGCGGCGGUGUCGGCGGCGCGACAGCGGCUGUGUCGCGACAGGAGCGCAGCCAUGCCGUUCUGGGGCCUGCAGAAGCAGCUGGGCAUCGAUGUGGACAGCUGGCUGGUGCGGCAGAGCAUGCCGCAGCCGCACGGGCAGGCCGCGCUCUGCCACGCCUUCGAACGCGAGUGGGUGGAGUGCGGGCACGGGCUGGGCCAGACCCGCGCCCGCCGCGAGUGCCAGCUGGAGUACGAGGAUUUCGUGGAGUGCAUGCAGCGCACCAAGCUGGCCCAACGGCUCCGGACCAUCUUGGAGCAGCGGGACAAGCUGAUGAAAGAAGGGAAAUACAAACCCCCCCCCUACCACAUGGGCAAGGAGGAGCCCAGGCCGUGAUUCCCACUGGAAUUCUUCUUGGAAGAAAACCCCCAGAGCACAGGGCAGGGGCCCUGCUGUGGCUGGAGGGGAACAACCUGAGAUGGAGCAUCACUUGGACAGUAAAUAUCCCUUUGGAAUGUC